GCGGCGGGCCGGCGCUACGGGCCGCCCUCCCCGCCGCGCCGCGCCGCCGCCCGCCUGCGCCGCGGACAGUUCGCGGCGCCGCUGGAGCACCGGCUGCCCGUGGUGCUGACGUCGUGCGUGCGCGUGAUCGCGUCGUACGGGCUGCGGCACCAGGGCGUGUUCCGCGUGUCGGGCUCGCAGGUGGAGAUGCAGGCGCUGCGGGCCGCCUUCGAGCGCGGCGAGGACCCGCUGGCGGACGUGCGCGACGCGACCGACAUCAACUCGGUGUGCGGGCUGCUCAAGCUGUACCUGCGCGAGCUGCGGCCGCCGCUGCUGCCCCCGCAGCUGCAGGAGCGGCUGGUGCGCGUGGCGGCCGUGCCCGACGACGCAGAGUUCGUGCGGCGCCUGCGCGACACGCUGGCCGUGCUGCCGCGCCCCGCGCUGCUGGUGCUGCGCUACCUGUUCGCCUUCCUGGCGCACCUGGCCGAGCACAGCGACCACAACAUGAUGGACGCCUGGAACCUCGCCAUCUGCGUCGGGCCCACGCUGCUGGCCGCCGCGCCGGCCGACGGCGGCCAGCAGGUCACGGCGCAGAACCUGGUCAACGAGCUGGUGAAGCGCACCAUCAUCCACCACCUGGACGUAUUCCCGCAGGACAUCGCGCCCUACGCCCUGUACAGCAGAUUCCCAGAUGCGAGCGGCGAGGACGACAAUAAAGAGAAAGAGGAGGGCGAGGAAUACGACGAGGAGGAGGGCGCGGAAUGUGCCCCGGACGUGACGUCACUGGACGAGCACGACGCGCCGGACGAUCUGUCGCUCUACAACGACGAAGACGACGAAGCGAGCGACGAGUGCGAGAACGGCGACUGGAGCGAGCGCGACUCUGCGGAGUUCCAGAGGCCCCCCGGCGCCCCCCGCCGCGCCGCCGCCGCGCAGGUACCGCUGGAGACCACCGUGUGAGCCGCACGGAACUAACGUUUAUUUGCGACUAAACAGUAUUCACUUGCUCAUAUAAGUAAUGCUUUAGUAAUUCGAACUUUACGAGUCCGCUGCGUGUGGCUCACGGAACUGCAAGACGUGUCGCUCUGCGGUCCCGCACUAGUUAAAUACUCCAACCUUGCCUCCAACUCUACCUGCUGAACUAAAAUAAAUUUGGUGUCACAUAAAACUGUGCGUAAGAAUAACUCAGUGCAGAGUAGAACGCGGAGCCCGCGCGCGGACGGCCUCCCACCGAACAUCGAAACAACAACAAAUGACAUUAAGAGAAUUAAGUAAUACACUUUAAGUAAUGUUAGGUUUAAUUAUAAGUCGGAGAGUAGCCCCGCGCACGUGUGGGUGCUAGUGAUUGUGACAAAGACUCAAAGAAUAUAAUAUAACGAACGUACUACGCUUCUACGCGCCAAUUUGGUUAUAGUGUACUUUGGAAGCGAAACUCGCAUCUACAAAUCUAAAAGGACUAAAUUUAGUAUGUAGAGUGUAUUCUUUGAUAGUCGGCUAAGUGUACGCAUGUAAUGGUGAUCGGUGCUUAUAGUGUUCAAUAAACGUUGUUACUUGCA